AUGGUAGGCGGCGUUUUGCGAGCGCUGUUUUGCUUCGCCGUUGUCGUCGCGGCUCAGCGGCAUCGGCACGUCGCGCACCUCGCGCGCGACUUCGCCUUCUGCGUGAGCGAGAUCAACGUGCGCGACGCGUUUCGCACGGUCAAGUUCGCGCCCGAGGAGACCGCCGGCGAGGCCGCCGCGCGCGUCUUCGCCGCCGCCGGCGCGGACGCGCUCGACGAGCGCAUCCGGCCCAUCGCGGCGUUCCUCGAGCACCGCGCGAGCCUCGUGCUCAUGGAGCGGUCCGAGUUCCGCUUCGCGUUGCGGUCCUCGCAGCGCGUCGGCGCGCCCGCGGUCUUCGUCACGUCGCAGGCCUGCGACGAGCGGGCCGUCGACGGCGACCCGGGCGCGAUCCUGGACCGCCACGGCGCCUGGGUCAUGCUCGACCUGAACCACUUCAACGCGGACCGCGCGAGCGACUGGGCCUUUUAUUUCGGGGACCGGCCCGCGGCGGCCGCCGCGCUCGGCUGCGCGGCGACGCGGCCCCUCGACGACGCGGCCCUCGGCGCCGUCGCGCGCCACGCGGCGCAGGCCCUGCUCCCCGGCGCCGCGCUCCAGUUCGCCGUCGACGCGCCGCGCGCGGCCGCGGCCGCCGCCGCGCUCCGGGCCGCGGGGCUGAGCCCGGACCGCGACCACGGCGUCGACGCGCUCGACGACGGCCCGGCGCCGCGGUCCGUCUUCGACGUCGAGCUCCCGGCCUACGCCGAGGAGAUCCGCCGCGAGGCGGCCUGCGCCGGCGGCGCGCCGACGGUCGUCGUCGAGGGCUUCAAGGCGCCGCGCCGCGGCGCGCUCGCGCGCCGGGCCGCGCGGCCCCUGCCCCACCUCGACGCCGUCCUCAUCCUCAACCUCGCGCGCCGCCCGGACCGCUGGCGCGCCAUGCGCGACAAGCUCGCCGCCGCGGGCUUCGGCGGCGACGUCCGCCGCGUCGACGCCGUCGACGGCGCCGCGCUCGACGUGUCGGACGCGGCCGUCGCGUCGAUCUUCAACCUGACGCGCUGGCGCUACGGCGCCGGCGCGAGGAACGCGCACCAGGACCACGGCUACCGGCCGCGCGUCAUCGGCUGCGCGCUGUCGCACCUCGCGGCCUGGAAAGCCGUCGCGGCGGCCGCCGACGACCACGCGAUGCACCUCGUCCUCGAGGACGACGCGGUCUUCGUCGACGACUUCGCGGCGAAGUGGGCGUCGCUGGCGCCGCACCUCGCGGCGGACUACUCCUGGGAUCUCCUCCAUCUCGGCGUCCUCGACGACCGGGACCUCUACGACGACGCGCCGCUCGCGGAGUACGGCGGCGUCAAGCGGUUCUCCGCGCGGCAGCGGUCCUACGGCGCGGGCGCCUUCGCCUACGUGCUGCGCCCGCGCACGGCGCGCUGGCUCCUCGACGCCGCGCGCGACCGGGGCAUCCAGCAGGCCGUCGACUGGUGGAUCGUCGAGAAGUUCGACGAGCUCGUCGCCUACAAGGCGUCGCCGCAGCUCGCCGCGUCGCCCGCGGGCGACGGCCGCGACAGCGACAACAACGAGUUCUACGACCAGGACCGGCUGCUCCUCGACGAGGGCGCGGGCGCCGCGGACUUCGACGGCUUCGCGCUCUCCGCGCCGCGGCCGGGCGACCGGGUCCCCGCGGGGGCGGCGCUCGAGGUGCGCGCGGAGCUCGCGGUCGUCGGCGACGCGAAGAACUUUUUUCUGCGGCACCAGCUCAUGCGCGUCUGCUACCGCCUGCGGCGCCUCGUCGCCGGCGCGCCGGCCGCGGACGUCGCCGGCCCGGACUGCGUCGGCGUCGGCAAGGCGAACCAGUUCCGCCUGCCCGGGUCCGCGCUCGCGGCCCCGGCCUGGUACGCGCUCAACGCGACCAUCGCCGACGACGCCGGCGCGGUGCUCGCGUCCGCGGCCGUCGCCUUCGAGGCGCGCGACCCGAGCCUGCCGGAAGCCUUCACCAUGCCGCCGCCGCUGUCGCGCGCGGCGUCGGCCGCGCUCGUCCCCGUGGAGAUCUCCGUCGACGGGGCCGCCGCGGCCGUCGACUGCCGGGGGCGGCCGGACCUCUUCGCCUGCGUCCAGGCCUUCUGCGAGCUCCACAGGAUCGAGCCCCUCGUGGACUGCGUCGCGCCGCUCGUGGCGACGCUCCACGCGCAGGUCGCCGCGCCCAGGUCGUCGCUGAGCGCCACGAGCCGCGCGGCCUGCGCCGCGGACAGCGCGUCCGGGACGAAGAUCGCGCCGGCGACGCCCGGGACGAGCUCGGCGGGCGUCGGCGGCGGCGCGGCGCCGAGGUCCAGCGGCGGGGCGCCGCCGCGGAAUCGGAAGACGGGCACGGCGGCGCCGCUCGCGCGCGACGUGACGAUCUCCAACGAAUCGAGCGCCGAAACCGCGGCGGCCGGCGGCGGCGCGGGCGCUCGGGCCGCGGUCGCGGACGCCCACGCGGACCGCGACCGGAUGGCCAUCGCGCCCUGCGCCGACUGCGCGACGGCGGCGACGCAGACGCGCUCGAGGAUCUUCGCCGACGUCCAGCCGACGACGGGCUCCGAGAGGCGCAGCCUGCGGGUCCCGUCGCUCGCGGCCGCGGCCCCGUCGACGACGACCUCCAUGCCGAAGGCGAGCUUCAGCAGCGCGCCGGACGUCUUCUCGACGCCCGCGCGCACGAUGCCGCCGGAUUUGCCCGCGCAGCGGUAG